GCUGACCGGCGAUAUCGAGUCCCGGCUCCUCACGUUAUCGCUCUCAAAAUCUCACUCGUCCACGGGCACCGCCAUUGUCCACCGUUGCUCGAUCACGGAAAGGCAACUCGUAGCGAAAACCUCCUUGAUUGAACGAUGGCUGAUAAAGAAAAGAAGACGAUCCAGUCGCUUCUUAGCACUCGGUGCACGAAUUGUACACAAAGGCUGCAGGACUGUCGAAGAUAACAUAGUGUAAUCCUAAGCUCGGUAACGGUUAGUCGUUUGCGAGGGUAGAGCCGCAUGCGGCAGCAGCGACAGGAGAAGAAAAAGAAAAGAAAACAAAAGACAGAACGAAAAAUGCCCGUGCUAAACAUACCUGCCCUGCCCCGCAAGAAGCAUGCACAGAAUCUGCGCCUGCCAUCAGUAGACCCCACGUCCCUAGAUAGAGUUUUACAACACAGCGGAGCGAUGGUCAGUGUAUCUUGUGCAAAACAUGACUGUGAUUAUGACCCGAGAGACGAAUGCCAAAAAAACUCAAAAGAUUUCAAAAGCUCCUGGCCUACUACGCCGCGGUCAAGAUAGCAAGAACCCACAGCACCAUCAACACGCAAGUUAAAAACGUCCACAAUCCACCAAACAACUCUCCCCAAUGCAAACCACAUCCGCCGCCCCGUCAUCGGCGAUCAAAGGCAGCUCGCGCCGCCCAAUCACACGAUUCCGAGAGACCCAGACGACGAUCAAGGGACAGAUUGCUCCGUCCCGAUUAUCUGCCCAAGCCGCUCUCAGAGGAACCACUUAGCGCCAGCCGAAGCCUACGCUGUCAUGGUUCCCCCUCGAGCACGGCACCAGUGACCCAGAAAAGAAAAAGAGAAAAGGGAAGAGAAAAUCCAAGGAAACAAAACAAAAUCAGAGCAAGGUGAGAAAGCAUCAGGUCUCGAGCGCGCCCACGCAACCUCCUUACGUCGCAUUAGAAUGCCAUUCCGCCGAGCCUUCCAAAUGCGCUUGUAACGCUCUUCCAGUGAUUCGUCGCACUCAAAAGCU